AUGUUUGACAAGAACAAAUCAUCCACAAAAGAUAUCCCCAUCCUCAACAAGCUCACUUCCUCUCACCACAACAAAACCACCAAAACCUUCAAAAUGCCCAUCGGAAACAACGAUCAGGAUAACGGUGUUACUGGCGCCGCCAAGUUCGUCACAUCGACGCUCGGAAACACCGUCGGCGGACUGACACGUACCGUCGGCAAUGUCACUGGCGCCGCGACCAAAGGCGUUGGUGACACGAUCACCAGCGCCGGAGGUUCUGCUGGCCGUCCUGUAGGUGACGGAAUCAGCAACGUCGGCGGUGGCCUGCAGAACGCUCUCAACUCUGUUGGAAAGGGUGCGGAGGAUGCUGGACAGUGGAAGAGGUCUUGA